AUGGGCAUUCUGAUGUCCCAACUCAGUGAAAUCAACAUGCAGUUCCACGGAGUCAUCCCAGGGAAGAAGGCAGAUUGCUCUGGAUGUUGUUUUUGGCCAGCAUAUGCUCGUUUCAUGGCCCGUCCAUAUUACAUGUACCUCAAAUUGAAGAUGCCCGGACCCAAAGGUGUGAUUACGGUCACUGGGAACAUACAGAGAGCAGAAGAAUGCCUCCAGAAGGGGUCCAAGAUCGCCGACGAGCAAAUGGCAGUAGCGGAACUGGAAGAAUACAAGAAGAAUGCCGAUCUGAGUGAUUUGCUUCGUGCCAAGAAGCCCGCUUCUGAAUCAGCAUUUCAGUCGGCCGGUGUACCCAGGGGGCUGGCUGAGCACCGUUUGCGUCUCGACUCCAAAGCUAAACCUGUCAAGGAGCAUCUCUGUCGGUCCGCCGCAGAGAAGAGGAAGGCGAUUGGCGAGGAAGUGGCUCGGCUCCUGGCAGCUGAGUUCAUCCGUGAGAUAUACCACUCCUAG